GUCCGGGCACUCCCUUAGAGAUAAGGUGAGAAGCUCGGUCAUCCGGGAGGGGCUCCGAGUCGAGCCGCUUCUCCUCCACAUCGAGAGGAGCCAGAUGAGGUGGCUUGGGCAUCUGAUUCGGAUGCCUCCUGAACGCCUCCCUGGUGAGGUGUUCCGGGCAUGUCCCACCGGGAGGAGACCCCGAGGAAGACCCAGGACACGCUGGAGAGACUAUGUCACCCAGCUGGCCUGGGAACGCCUCGGGAUCCCCCGGGGAGAGCUGGAAGAAGUAGCUAGGGAGAGGGAAGUCUGGGCUUCCCUGCUAAAGCUGUUGCCCCCGCGACCCGGCCCCGGAUAAGCGGUAGAAGAUGGAUGGAUGGAUGGAUGGAUGAACGUAUGUGCAUGCCGUGUCUAAUGGACUUCACUUUGAUUGUUUGCGCUUGCAUUUGAUGAAUAAACAAUUAUGGUAGAAACACAUUAGUGUUUGUCCUUAAGUUCAGGUUGCACAAUGCCUUAGGUGAAGUAUACUUUUGCAGUUAUGGGUACAACAAAUUUCAGUUAUAAUGCAGGACAAAUGUUAGAAUGUCAAAAUUAAGUGUGGAUGUAGUUAGUGACUCAUACUUGUUUUUCGUUGUCGGCACACACAACAUUGUUCUCGCUGAGAGGGUGUCAUCAUGCAAUGCAAAAGAGCUGGCACUUGACUCGAGCAAAGAAAGCAAACAACUUGUCAAAUAGUCAUGAAGCACUAGGCAAGCUGUGCAUGCUGAAGAAACACCAACUUCGUUUGACAAAUGGAUGUGGCUUUCAUUGGACAACGUGACUGACAGCAGAACGGCACGAGACAAGUAUCAGUGAAAUCAAACAUCAAGGAAUGUCGCACACAUGCGCUGCAAGACAACAUUUAUGAAAUACUUUCAGUUGAUUGCCACUACGGCAGAUGACAUGGGUGGAAAUGUGAUGAAGUGGAUUUGUACCAACAGAAACCCAACACAUACACACGGCAGGUUGGACAGACUUACAUGAGGUGAGUCAGUGCGGUCAGGAUGCUGCUUGUCCUCGUUGUCCUCUCCCUAUUCUUCUCUCCGGUGCUGUUAUUGAGCUGCUACGUGUGCAGCUCUUCUCUCAGUAAUGACGAGUGCAAUUUAAGCACACAGGAAUGUCAAGCACCUCUGGACACUUGCAUGACAGUCGUGGACACUUUAGGUCACAUGAAGGCCAUCGUUAAGCAGUGUGCCAGCAGGGCCACAUGCAACGGAGCUGCGUCUACCGCUUUUGUGUACUCUGAUGGAAAUGGGAACGCAGUCAGCUGUUGCAACAGUUACAACUUGUGCAACUUUAGCGGAGGAGAGGUCGUUCACACCCAAGAACUUGUUUCUUUGCUGCCUGCAGGAACAAUACUGUGGUCAUAAUGAGGUCAAGUCACACCGACAUUCGACCGGGGUACUUUGGUUCACAGAUCACUUGAUAUUUGUGUGAAAACGGUUUUAGGCUUUAAAAAAAUAUACACUGUAAAUAAAAUGAAUGCGAUGAAAAUCAGUUGGUACAAAGGCAACCGAGCGUUCUGUAUGACAACAGUUACUCUGCUGCACAAGCUACUACAUUACAUGCCAUCGAUAGCCUCAAAAUUGUCACGUCCCGUGUUUGCCAGC